CCCUCCCGUCGCCAUUUUUCGGUCUCGUACUCGCACUUCUGGUGGCUCGGGUGAGGGGGGGGACGAGCAGAAAUAAGGGAAAGUAUAAAAUAUAGAAUCGUUAAGCCGGUAUCCCUCGUGAGCAGUUAGGAACGCACGCGAGAGCUACAGCCUAACGUACUGGCACCUGAGAUGCACGCGCAGGAGACAAGCCGUUGCUGUGAAAUAUUUUUUUGUGUGAAGACGUGUUGCGGGCCGCCAUUUUUUUGCUGUGCUGCCUCAAAAGUCUGCUCCGACUCGAGAAAGGGGAUUCAAAAACGAAUUUCCAUGACGUGUGCCUUACCGUAAGAUCAAGAAGAUACAAAGUAGUCAUUUCGUUUCCGACCCGCGGAUACCGGCGACCUUUUGCUGACAUGAGGAUUUAUCAGAUGAAAUACUGAGGCCACCUUUUCUGUUCUCAUAACUGACUGGAGAUAAAUUAUUAGAAGAGAAGCCUGGUGUUUUCUCGGAAGGCGGAACGAAAAAGGGAAGCUUCAUUGAUUAUUUGUUGCUGCUUCGCUCUCCGUCGAUGUUUGUCUGUCAAAUGUCAACUGCUCGGUUUGAUUCAUCUGAUCGGUCCGCCUGGUAUUUUGGACCCGUGUCACGACAAGAGGCACAGAAUAGGUUACAAGGACAGAGACAUGGCAUGUUUCUUGUUCGAGACUCGUCGACCUGCCCCGGCGACUACGUGCUGUCAGUAUCUGAAAACUCCAAGGUGUCUCACUACAUCAUCAACUCCUUGCCCAGCAAGAGGUUUAAGAUAGGCGACCAAGAAUUCGAGCACCUCCCUGCUCUCCUGGAGUUCUACAAAAUCCACUACCUGGAUACGACCACGCUGAUAGAGCCUGCCCCCAGGUACCCAAGCACAGUGAGCGGUCCCAUCCAGCCCUUGGGUGGCCCAGAUGAGAACCUGGAGUAUGUGCGGACUCUAUACGACUUCACUGGCAGCGAUGCAGAGGACCUUCCCUUCAAGAAGGGGGAGAUCCUUAUCAUCCUGGAGAAGCCCGAGGAGCAGUGGUGGAGCGCAAAAAGUAAAGAAGGGCGUGUCGGGAUGAUCCCUGUGCCCUAUGUGGAGAAAUUGGUACGACCUUCACCUCAUCCUAGCCAGCCUUCCCAUGGAUCUCGCAACUCCAACAGCUAUGGGAUCCCCGAGCCCUCCCACGCCCUCGUCCACGCCUAUGCCCAGCCCCAGACACCAUCGCCAUUGCCACCUGGCACACCUGGAGCAGUUAUCACUCCUCUACCGUCCAUGCAGAACGGCCCCGUCAUGGCGAAGGCCAUUCAGAAACGAGUGCCAUGCGCCUAUGACAAAACAGCUCUGGCUUUAGAGGUUGGCGACAUCGUCAUGGUUACACGGAUGAACAUCAGUGGCCAGUGGGAGGGAGAGGUGAACGGACGGAGGGGUCUCUUCCCAUUCACCCAUGUCAAAAUCGUAGACCCCCAGAAUCCGGAUGAGAGUGACUGACCGGAAAGGUCGCCUGGACCCUCUCGCCAGUAUUGACCCGUACCUGAACCUGCUGGCUGUCUCCACCUUUUCCCGCCAGUGUCACCACGGUUACGUGCUUGCCUGCUUGGGGCUGUACCAUGAUAGCGAACCUCUCCGUUGUUGCCAACCGUUGCAAGGCUUUCUGACUGUUUACAGCUUUGGACAUUGGAUCCAAAUGAAAAAACCUGAUCCCACUUCUCCCAGUUCCCUUUCCCAUGACUUGGUUCCAUGCUGGGCAAUGUUUUUUGCAUUAGUGUCCUUUUCAUUUCCAGAUUACUGGGCAUCAGUGUGAGUGUAUGUGUGUAUGUGUGUGUGUGUGUGUGUGUAUGUAUUAAGUGUGUCUGUGUGCGUGUGUGUUCACAAUAGAUAUUUACCACAUUACAUUACAACAUGUCUGUUAGUUUGUUUUGUUUUUCUCUGAAUAUGUGUUUGAAGUCUUGGGGACUUUAGAAAAGUGUUGGUGUUUGUUUUGUUGUUCAGAUAUUUGUACUAAGUAGGGAACAGCAAUAUCCCUAUGGACUUGGGAGAGCACUGAGGCAAUGAGGAGCUAACCAGCCGGUCAAAAUGUUAUUUCUCCAAACAAUCAAGUCACUGUUGUACCUUAACCAUCUCACAAGCGCGCACACACACACACACACACACACACACACACACACACACAGGUAUUGGCCAUAUUCAGGUUGACAGGUUAUUGAUGUGUACGUGAUGUGUGACGAGUCAGGAGGAAGCAGGAGAGAUGGGUUUGUGGACAAUCUAGGUUGCACCGUGACUUUAUAGAUCCCACGAUCCCAUCCACUCUUCAACCUGACACAAGUCUGACUGACGAGACUUAUUUAUCUUUUGUUAAUAACACAUGACACGGCCAUAUGUGAUUUCAUCAUUCUCUUAUUUUUGCCACAUGAUCAACAAUUAUUUUUGUGACGUGGAGAUGUACGGUAGAGAGUUAACUUUGCAUGUCCACUUGGUACCUCUCUUUACUGCCCUUCACAUUAUUUUGAACUUUAAAAAAAAACAUUGCUUUGAAAUUAGCAGGUUUUUAGUGCCAACAGCACCAAGCACUAGAAUAUAUAUUUCAACUUUCUGCUUAAGAGUGUCAAGCUUUGAACAGGUUUUCAAAAGUCAAGUAGCGGCGGCCCUGGCCAGCACUUCCCACAAGCAUCCGACUACAAGGCUAGCUAAAAAUGCAUUGUCGCGGCGUGGGCACACAAUAAAGCGUUCCACUGAGGUGAGAAACUCCACUUGUAGUGGCGGUCAGGGAAGGAGGAAAUGUUUUAGCAAGCCAAUGAGAAUCCCAUCAAUGCCUUUUCUUUCAGAGAGUAAGAUAAAUGCAUCUUUUUAGCGCAUGCAAUUCCCUCUCUAACCUUAUGUUUUUAUUCCAAUGUUACUUCUGUCAAUUUAGGAUCUUUCAACCAGCUUUAUUCCUUAAAUAUUUGGUCUGUGCACAACUUUGUCUCUUUAUGCAAACAUACUCUAUCAAGAGCAGUGGAAAGCAUCUUUGUUCCUACUGUGCUGCAACCAAUUGGACAAGUAGGAGCCGAGGAUUAAACAGUCGUGCAAACAGUGCCGACCCCUUAAUUUCUGCUGUAAAAAUGAACCAUUUCACCCCCCGCGUCUCUCCGACUAGUGCUUUCCGUUUAAAUCGAUGCUCAGCCGUUCACUCAGUAAUAUUGUGCAGCUUUUAGUUGUAUCACAAUUUUGUUUUUGUUUAAUUUUGUCAGUUUAUAGUCUGCUACUAAGGCAAGCAUUUUUGUUCAAAUGAGUGAUGUUGUUAAACAAAAGUACCUACGGUGACAUUUACAAAAGGGAAAAAUGCCUGCUGGUUGCCUCUGUGCAUAACCUCUUGGCCGGGGGGAUGGUUCUGCCUGGCCAAAUGCUGCUUAAUGUCAUUUAUGUCCUUAUUAAAUAAAGGUGUCUCUUAUUUUAAUCCCUCCUGGUCUGUGCAAACACCAGUGUGUUUUUUUUUUUCCUCAUCAAAAUUAAUGAAAUCUAAUUAAGCAAUACACCCUGAUUUUACUUCCUCUCUUGAGGUGAACUUGCUUUUCUCAUGCUUUGUAAUGGCAUUAACAGUAUUACUGUGCUCUCUUCUCAUAUUCUAGGAAAACCUGUCUUUUACUUAAGGAUUGAAAAUUGUGCCUUUUAUUUUCUUAAACCAUUUACAUGUGUUAAUAUUUCCCAUGGUUAACACCUGUGCUGGUAUUGACCCUUUAUGUACAGAACAAGUAAAUAAAAUUUACGUCUACUUCUUUAA